AUGGAACCAGGCAACCUCACCUGGGUAUCAGAAUUUGUCUUCCUGGGACUCUCACAGACUCGGGAGCUCCAGCUCCUCUUGUUCCUGGUGGUCCUGUUUGUCUACACCACCACUGUCAUGGGAAACCUCCUCAUCACGGUCACAGUGACCUCUGAUUCUCGGCUCCACACACCCAUGUACUUUCUGCUCCGAAACCUGGCCCUCUUGGACCUCUGUUUCUCCUCCGUCACUGCUCCAAAGAUGCUGGUGGACUUGCUGUCUGAGAAGAAGACCAUCUCCUAUGAGGGGUGCAUGGCCCAGCUCUUCUUCUUCCACUUUCUGGGAGGUGCCAUGGUCUUCUUCCUCUCAGUGAUGGCCUAUGACCGCCUGGUUGCCAUCUCCCGGCCCCUCCACUAUGUCACCAUCAUGAACACUCAGCUCUGUGUGGGGCUGGUGGUGGCUAGCUGGGUGGGAGGCUUUGUCCAUUCCAUCUCCCAACUGGCUCUGAUGCUCCCACUGCCCUUCUGUGGUCCCAACGUCCUAGACAACUUCUACUGUGACGUUCCCCAAGUGCUGAGACUCGCCUGCACAGACACCUCCCUCCUGGAGUUCCUCAUGAUCUCCAACAGCGGGAUGCUGGAUGUCAUCUGGUUCCUCCUCCUCCUCCUCUCCUACUCGGCCAUCCUGGUGAUGCUGAGGGCCCACUCGGGGCAGGCGAGGAGGAAGGCAGCUUCCACCUGCACCACCCACAUCGUCGUGGUGUCCAUGGGCUUCAUCCCAAGCAUUUACCUCUAUGCCCGGCCCUUCGCCUCCUUCCCCCUGGACAAGGCCGUGUCCAUCAGCCACACGGUCAUGACCCCCAUGCUCAACCCCCUGACCUACACCCUGAGGAACCAGGAGAUGCAGGCAGCCGUGAAGAGGCUUGGGAGGCACUGGGUGCUUUUUAAAAGGGAGUGA